AUGCUUUGUCAACAACAGGACAAUGCUUGCGCAAUCCCCACGCCAUCGCUCAUUGUCAAUCCCAGUGCAAGCGAUGCUGCGGACUUCAGUGACAUCCAGAGCCAAGGGUGCACGACUAGCGUUGGCUGUGGCAACUUUUAUCUAAACGAAUUAUCUGCACUACUUUCACGGCAAAACAUUCAGGCGCAUCAUACGCGCGGGCAAUUUUUGCCGACCAUUCCUCAAAUGCACGACCGCGCUGCACCACUGCCUCAUCUCAUCGUGUCACCCAAAAUUGAGGGUGAGGUUGUUCAGACUCUGAGGGCAUUCAAAAGACUGCGCCUAUACGGAAGAAUCCCGCUGUCUGUUAAAAGUGGUGGCCAUGGCUACUUCAAUGGGGCUUCUUGCACAGGCGUCAUGUUGAAUCUCUCGGCUAUGACCGGGCGGCGAGUCGACAACAACACGCUGCUCUUGGAGCCCGGGUGUCUCCUCGCGGGGAGCAUUGAUAUGCUGGCCAAGAACCAGAAAGCGGUGCCUCACGGCGAUUGUUUCGGGGUUGGCGCAGGAGGCCAUUUCCUUACCGCGGGCUGGGAUCUUAUUCUUGCCCGGCAUUUUGGUCUCGGGUGCCAGUCUGUUGUCGGUGGGCGGGUCGUUCUUUGGGACGGAACGGUGUUGGAGGUGGAUGACAAUCAUGCGGAGCUACUAUACGCGAUGCGAGGCGGAGCAGCCGCGGGGCAACUCGCAACUUGCAUCAAAAACAACGCUUUUGCAAACUCGUUAGGCUUGCCGAGAGACGUGUCCGUGUCAUUUCGCUUUCAUUUCGAACCGGAUACGACCGAACCAGUCUGUUCUUUCAACAUUGUCAGUUUAUUGACAGCUGAGGAGACCAUCAAUAUUCUCGAGACACAUUUGGGCCAAGAAGUUUUUCGUUUGGUAGAUGACACCUCUCGGUGGCAGCAAAGGCGUCUGCUGGAAUUGCGGCUGAUACCCGCUUUAGAUCACCUGAAGAAGAACCCGACGAGGCUGGCCGAUGUUACUCAAGAGGACUUGCACAACAACCCGCUGGACUAUUGGACUGAAAGUUCAACCAAGCGCGAGAUGGACAGGUCGUACUUCACCUCCAUCUCUUACUGGGUGAGACCUAAUUGCGAGGACAUGUUUAAUGAUUUGUACCAUGCAUUCGAGGAGGUCCCGAGCCGCCACCCAGCGAGGGAGAGGAUGUACGCUCUUGUUAUCCUAGGCGGUGGUCGUAUGAACGAGCUGCAGGACCAGUGUGCCAUGCCACUCGGGGAGGCGUUAGCUCGCUUUGAGCUACACUGGGAUGAUGACGCGAAAGAAAGGAGAUGGAGCGAAAGGUUUACAGCAAAGAUCUCUGAAAUCUUGCGGUCUGUAGAAGAUCCCAGCCCGGGCAGACCGUACCGAGGAGAUGUCUGGAUAGAGGGACAGGACAGGGACGCUACGCUUGAUGCCAUCUUUAAAAUAUAUGAUCGCCGUUUUGUCUAA